AAAAAAAAUUAAAAAUUAAAAAUUAUCUUUUAAAAAACUUAAUUUAACUAUUAAAAAUAAAAAUUAUACUUUAAAAUCUGUGUUUUUGGUACCUUGACAGCAAUCUAGAAGAAAACCUUGUUCCCAUUUACAUCGAAUCUUAUCAGCGUACAUAAAAUCAGAUCUCCAAGCCAAACUUCCAUCCAUUCUUCUCAAGGAGAAACUCUCCACCAUCACAUAACAGCCAAACUUCCUCCACCCAUUCUCACUUGGAAUCUCUUCCACCCUCUCCACUCUCACAUCCAUUUCAUCCCCAUUAACCCAUCCUCCUGCCUCUAAAACUCAUCUCGUAUUCUGAACAAUUGCUGAACUCAAACCUACACUCACCACUUUCUUGCUAUGUGGGUUUACCACUCUGACAGAAGACUGAUCUUAAAGGGAUUUUGUAAAGGCCGUAGAUGAUUUUCAUGAGAAGCACUGUAUUGGAAAAGGAGGGUUUGGAAGAGUAUACAAGGCAGAGCUGCUAUCAGGUCAAGUUGUCGCAGUUAAGAGGCUUAACUUUGGAGAUUGAUUGCUGGAAUGUCGUUAGAAUCUGACGACAAGUUAAGCCUCUUAACUGCGACAACUAGACCUGAUAGCAACUCUACCCGUCCGUUUCGUCGACCUCCAGCGAGGAUCCACCCCAAUUCCUCUUUUCUUUGGAAUACUAUUUGAUGACUGUUGCAUAUUCUUAGGGAGUGGGUCGCGAGAGAAGAAGAGGGAGGAGCAGUCGGGAGUGGUUGUGGCGGUGGUGAUGGCGACUGGGAAGAGAUAAUGGGGUUGGAGGAGGGGAAUUUGGGAUUUUUUGGUUUUAAUAAUUAAAUUAAUUUUUUUUAAAGAUAAUUUUUAAUUUUUUUCUUCACACAUGGCAUUUAGUUUAGUAAAAUAGUGAGUCUCAUUGAUGUCACGUCAGCAUUUUUAAUAUAAUUUUUAACAGAUUUGACAGUGAGAGAGUAAAAUGAGACACAAAAUAACAAAAUAUCGAUCAAGGGGUUUAGUGGGAAUUUAUCAUUGAUUCAGGGAGCACCCGUAGCACUUAUGCCUGUGAAAAAAUAAAAGAGAAAAGUAGUGGGUGUUAAGUUUACUGAGUUUUACGAGUACACAUUUGACUCAAUCCGUUAAGAAAUGGGUCAGCUUGUUAUGGAUUCGACCCAAUGAAAUCCGAUCCGACCCAAAAUCCUAAAAAUUUCUUCUACUUUUGACACGUAGAAAUUGUAACCGUACGUUGAGGGGGAGAGAUUUUACAUCAAACACUCCGCUGGACUGAAACUUGAGCCACUCUUCCUUCUCCAAAUUUCGAAAAUGAACAACUUUCUCACCGUCGUUUCUGCUUCUGUAGCUGUCGUCCUCGCCAUUAUAGCCUCUCUUCCUCUUCUCAAACCCAACCACCAGUUGUUAAGUUGGAGGUCUCCAAUGGCGGACUUGGUGGUGAAAAAUGCCAAGAUAUACACCAGUGACGAGUCUCUCCCUUUCGCCGAUUCCAUGGCCGUCCGCAGCGGAAGGGUUCUGCGAGUGGGCAACUACUCCUCUAUUAAGGAUAUGGUUGGAGAUGGUACCAAGGAGUUAGAUCUUAUGGGAAAGAUUGUUGUACCUGGAUUUAUUGAUUCCCACGUGCAUCUGAUUUCUGGUGGACUCCAGAUGGCGCGUGUGGAACUACGAGGCGUAAGUCAAAAAGAUGAAUUUGUGAGGCGGAUCAAAGAAGCAGUGAGAAAUGCAAAUAAAGGUUCCUGGAUUUUGGGUGGUGGAUGGAACAAUGAUCUUUGGGGAGGGGAAUUGCCGAUGGCCUCUUGGGUUGACGACAUCACACCUUACAAUCCUGUUUGGCUGUCGAGGAUGGAUGGCCAUAUGGGCUUGGCUAAUUCAGUUGCACUCAAGUUGGCUGGGAUUACAACUUCAUCAGAAGAUCCAAAUGGUGGAACAAUUGUGAGAUUCACCAGUGGAGAACCUACUGGAUUGCUGAUUGAUUCUGCAAUGAAACUUCUCCUUCUAUCCAUUCCGGAGGUGUCAGUAGAGGAGCGGAGGGAAGCUUUGAGUAGAGCCAGCAAUCAUGCCUUGAUGAGGGGUGUGACAACAGUUGUUGAUGUUGGUAGAUACUUUCCUGGGACAUCGGUGAAGCUUUCCUGGGACGAUUUUUCAGAUGUUUAUAAAUGGGCUGAUUCUUCAGGGAAGAUGAUGAUUAGGGUCUGCUUAUUUUUUCCAUUGGAGACUUGGUUACAGUUACAUAAUCUUAUUACCAAAGUUGGCCAUACCAUGAGCCAAUGGAUUUACUUGGGUGGUGUUAAAGCUUUUGCUGAUGGGUCGUUGGGUUCUAAUAGUGCACUGUUUUAUGAGCCAUAUGCUGAUGAGCCUCAUAAUUAUGGCUUACAAGUGAUAGAUAAUGAAAGUCUCCUCAACCUGACCUUGGCUUCAGAUAGAGUUGGGCUUCAGGUUGCUAUUCAUGCUAUAGGUGAUAGAGCAAAUGACUUGAUCCUUGACAUGUAUGAGUCAGUGUUUUCUACAAAUGGAGUGAGGGAUCGAAGAUUCAGGAUUGAGCAUGCCCAGCAUCUGGCACCUGAGACACCAGCCCGAUUUGGUAAACUAGGGAUUGUUGCUUCAGUACAGCCAGAGCACCUAUUAGAUGAUGCUGAGUCUGCAACAAAAAAACUUGGGAUAGAUAGGGCUCAGAAGGGAUCUUAUUUGUUCCGGUCUCUCUUGGCUAGCAAUGGACAAUUGGCAUUUGGUUCUGACUGGCCUGUGGCAGAUAUUAAUCCAUUAGGUGGCAUUAAGACAGCAAUGAAAAGGAUACCCCCUGGUUGGGAUAUUGCUUGGAUUCCCUCAGAGACCCUUUCAUUGAAUGACGCAUUGAAGGCGUACACUCUUUCAGCUGCUCGUGCAUGCUUUCUUGACAGCGAUUUGGGGUCCCUGUCGCCGGGGAAACUAGCAGAUUUUGUCAUACUGUCCAGGGACUCAUGGGAUGAUGUCGUGGUUGAAGGAUCUGCAUCCAUUGAAGCUACAUAUGUUGGUGGUGUACAGGCCUAUCCCUGAAAGCCUAUAAUCUGGAAGAUAAAUUACACUUUCUACAGAAAACAUAGGUUUAAGAAAAGAGGGAAUAGCCCAACAUUUUAGGUUUAUAUAGUGAGCAGAAGUAGUAUGUAUAUGAUGUCCUUUGAAAAGCACUCUAGAAGAUGUAGUCUAUAUGAGGGAUCAAAGGUUUGUCUGAUUUGUACAAUAUAACCCAUUGAGCUAGGAAACGUUUCAGAUUCUGCUUGAAAAUGAACUUUUGUACGCCUAUCAUUCACUUUUUUUCUUCAAAAGAAAAUUGAUGGGGUAA